AUGUCAUUCCGCCGCAGCUUGCCCGUGCUGAUCUCGCUAGGCCUCUCCGGUCCGGGUCUGGUAGCUCCAGCGAUGCUGGUGGGCUUGUACCACUGGCGGCGCUGGUCUCCAGCCAGGGAGCCCUCAGUGGUGCGGUUGUCCAUGGACUCCGUUUACGGUAGCUUUCAUCCCAACUUCCCUGGGGCCAUGUCGGCUGCGGAGAAGAGGUCACUGAUGGAGACUUUACUUGCGCAGGCCAAGGACAAGGCGGAAGAACAAGGUUGGAAAUUGGGGAAGGACGUGCAGGACUUUCACAAGCGCAAGGGUUGGAACACAAGGGAAUUACUACGAUGGAUCGAAAAGCGACGGGAAGGACUUUGGUGUCGACUGGACAUUUCAGUCCGUGGUAAAAGCAAGGCGCAAUUGACCGUCAUUUCGGCUCCUGUCUGGGGCUAUGACAUGGAAGUGCAUCUCAGCAAGGUUCAAACAGGCUCCAAUAUUGUGGUGGUCAAAGACCUUAUCAACCUCAGAACGUUUUGUGCCGUGGCCGGCAUCGGGUACGUGAAGGCCAAGAAGCAGUGA